GGAAGCGUUAAAGACAGCGCAGUUGGCAAAAACAAGCGGCGGUUGAUGCUUUUUUCAUCAUCGAUCUCCUUGCUAGGAUUUCUUUCUAGAUUUUAGAGUUGUUUAGUAUUUUAGAGAAAAAAGGAGAUUUUUUGGCAUCGCUUAUAGAAGAGGCAACAUCGACAAUAACAACAACACUUUAAACACAAUCCACAACAACAGUUAUAACUAACAAACUGUAACCAUGAAUAAUAAUUCAUCAGUAAAGACCAUGUACCGAAAAUCGUCUUCGAAUAUUCCGGAAAGGAAUUCAGUGAUCUUUCGUAAAUCUCGUAUGUACAAUACAAUGAAUGCUCAGUCCCCGUUGAGUUUAGGGACAGGAGUGGCGAGUUCGAUUUCUCACAAGGGUGUCACUGACAUUAGAUGCAAUAGAGAAAAGGAGAAAAAGGAGUUGCAGGAUUUGAACGAAAGGUUUGCCAACUACAUCGAAAAGGUACGUUUUCUCGAGGCUGAGAACAAAACCCUUCGGGAAGCUUUGAAAAAGAGCAAACGGGAUUUUAACAUCGAACCCAUUAAAGCGAUGUACCAAGCUGAGAUUGACGAGACCAAGAAACUUCUGGAUGACUCCAACAAUGAAAAUGGCAACCUUAAGGCCCGUAUUGGGACUUUGGAAGACGAGCUGGAAGACUUACGAGCUCAACUGCGUCAUGUUAACGAUAUGAACGACCAACUCCAGAACAAUGUCGACACGCUCAAUGAUGACAUCUCCCGACGUAUUGCUGACUGUGAAAUGCUAAGAAGGAAGGUUCAAGAACUUGAGAAACAACUUGCAGACUGGAAAACCAGGCAUGGUCACCUUGACAACCAACUACAAGGACUAAGAAUUGAUUUGCAAGAGGAAACCGCCCAACGCCUGGGCGAGACAAACCGCGCUCAAGCUCUUGAAGAAGAGUUAGCUUUCCUGAGAGAAAUCUGUGAAAACGAAAUCAAAGAAUACAAGGCCUUAUUGGCUAAGGAUAGUUCCGUACCUGACAUGCGUGAAUACUGGACAUCUGAACUGGGAUCUUGUCUUAAAGAAAUCCGUCAAGAAUACGAAGGCCAAUUGGAAGCUUUGUCUUCUAGCCUGGAAGCUAGAUACGAGUCCCAGUUGUGUGAAAUGCGUCUUGGUGCCACGAAAGGAAAUGCUGAAACCAUACAAAUGACUGAGGAAAACAGACGACUUCGAGCACAGAAGUCUGAUCUUGAGAAUAAAUUGCGCGAAUGUGAUACUCAGAUUUCUCAGCUAUCGAACCAACUCAGAGCAGUGACCGCUGAACUGGAAAUGAUGACCAGUGACUAUGACAACGAGAAACUUUCUCACAAGGCCGACGUUGACAGACUCAACGCUGAGUUAGAAGGUGUGAUCAAAGAACUCCAGGAACUCAUGGAUGCCAAACUGUCUCUGGAACUUGAGAUUGCUGCUUAUCGCAAACUGUUGGAAGGAGAAGAAAGCAGGAUAAGCCUUGGAAGCUUGGUCCAGACACUGGGAGGUUUCCGUUCAGAGUCAGAAGAUAUUCUUGCUACUGCUUUCCAAAGAUCUGGUUCCAGUUAUCAGGCUAUAUCAAGCGCGGAUGAUUCCAGUAUAUGUCCGGCAUCACAAGGCCGUAUCACCAUACACCGUACGUCAGCAGGAAGUGUGUCCAUCAUGGAGGUAGACGCCACUGGCCAAUAUAUUGAAUUGGAAGAAAUCAGCAGUGCUAAAUUAGGAAGAAUACAGGAGCCAAUCAAUCUCAAGGGAUGGUCACUCGAACGUACCUUUGAGGACACGAAAAAAGCACUCGUCCACCAGUUUAAAGAAGACUUCCUCUUCUCGCCAAAUAAACAGAUUAAGGUUUGGGGAUCAAAAUAUAGCGCUAAUGCAGAAGGCAUCGUUUCUUCUACCGUCAACGACUGGGGACCUUUGAACACAAGUUCCAGAAUCGUUUUGAAGGACGAGAAUUCAAGGGAAAAAGCUGUGCUUAACGUCAAGUAUGCAGGUUAAAAUAUUUGCUUUUUAUGAAGGAAAUUUUGUUUUAAACAAAUAAUACUUGGCAACAGAGAAAAAGACUCUUGUCAAACUGAACAAAAAAGAACCUCACUUAGAAGUUCCAGGUAAAACAAUGGAAUAUCAAAACCGUUCUAUCUAUCAUGUCGAAAGCGGCAUUUUCCUCCUCCCAUAUAUAUCUUUAUAUAUAUAUAUAUAUAUAUAUAUAUAUAUAUAUAUACAUAUAUAUAUUUUAGUACUAUUGUCCUGAAGAGUUGAUUUUUUUAUAAGAAAAGAAGGAAAAAGAAAAAGAAAUGAAACAAAGAAGAGAAGAAACACAAUAGAAAGGCAAACUUCCUCGACUUAAUUCUAUCGCGAAGCCACAAAAUUCUCGGCUUACAUCUUGCUUUUAAAUAAUUCUACAUAUUUCACCUUUCAAAAAAAAAAAAAAAAGGCUAGGGAUCUAGACCACUUUCGUAUAGAUAUUGCAUCCAAUUUUCGGUCGGUGUGGGUCCUAGUUGCCUGCACAUUGGGACUGAGCUGAACAUUUUUUCCAUCCCCACCAUAUAUCUUUUAUGAUGAUGAACUCGAAGGCAUUUGAGUGAGAAAAGUGAAAAAAUAUUUUUUUUUUUUUUACCAAAAAAAAAAAAAAAACAGGAAAAUCAACGACAAUUCAAUGACCACCCAACAAAAUGGAAGGUUUCAUGAAAUAACAACACCUAACAACAGAAACAAGAUGAAAACAAACCAACAACUGGAAGAUGGGAGUAAGUUCUCCGGGAGUUUAAAUAUUGCAUUACAUUUUAUCUCUUCGAAACAAUGCGUUGUGUAUUGUGUUUUUCUUUCCUAGAUUUCUCUAGCUGAAUUGUAUGAAUCAAAC